AUGGACGAAUCCUUCUCGGUGACUGAAAUCACCCCAGCGGUGUCUGAGAACUCGAGGCACGCGCGUUGGAUGAAAGCAGCUCUUGAGAUGGGUGAGAAAGCCCUCGAGUACGGAGAAACCCCCGUGGGCUGUGUUCUUGUCCAUAAUGAUCAAAUCGUGGGGCGAGGCAUGAAUGAUACCAAUCGCUCAAUGAAUGGCACCCGUCACGCCGAGUUUCUGGCCAUCGCAGAAUUCCUCAAGAGCUUUCCCAAGUCUGCUCUUCAGUUGACCGAUCUUUACGUGACCGUUGAACCCUGCAUUAUGUGCGCGUCUGCUUUGAGACAGUACCGUAUCCGAAGUGUGUACUUUGGCUGUGCCAACGACCGAUUCGGAGGCACCGGAGGCGUUCUGACGAUUCAUGCCGAUCGCUCGAUCGAUUCAGCCUACCCGGUGUAUGGUGGAUUGUUCCAGAAGGAGGCCAUUAUGCUCCUUCGUCGCUUCUACAUUCAAGAAAACACGAAAGCGCCUGUCCCUAGGGCAAAAAGGAAUCGCGAACUCAACACUGCCUUCGAUCACGUCCGCGAGAUCACCGCUGCCAAUGGGGUGGCUGUUUUACCUAGCUCUUAG